AUGGGUAAUUCUUCUCAGGGUAGAGACUUCACGGGUCUAUCAGACCUACAGGAGGUGGGCCUCUCGUCCUGUGGCGUGGAGCUCGUGGAGGUCAACACCUUCCAGGCACAGUCCUCUUUACGGGUUCUGGACCUACAGAAGAACAAGCUCCGCCACGUGCCCCGUGGUCUCCCGUCCAGCCUGGAGGUCCUGCGUGUGGGCCACAAUCAUAUCCAUGCCCUGCAGGGGGCUGCCUUCGAGGGGCUCCAUCGUCUACGAGUGCUGGACCUCCAGAGCAACAUGAUCACUACCCUCCGGGCCAACAGCCUGUCCGCCCUGGUGAAACUUGAGUGCCUGUAUCUGGACGGGAACCGCAUUGAGGUGGUCAACGGCGCCCUCCGGCUACCACAGCUGAACCUGUUGAGUGUGGCCAGCAACCGCAUCUCCUCCUUGUCCUCUGCGUUCUUCGCCUCCCUGCAGUCGCUCAGAACUCUCCAGCUGUCGGGGAACCUCCUGACGCGGGUGCCUCACGACCUCCCCAGGGCACUCCUCCACCUUGGCCUGGACCGCAACCAGAUCCGGGCCCUCCGGAACCGGGACAUGUCCCAUUUGAGGAACCUCACGGUGCUCUCUGUCUCGGCCAACAAGGUUUCGUCUGUUGACGGGGGUCUCCGCCUGCCCAACCUGACCUCACUGGAGCUGUCGGGGAACCAGCUAAAGGUGCUUCCCAGCAGGCUUGCCGUUAAGCUGGAGACGCUCGACUGCAGGCAGAACGCCCUGCAGGAGAUCACCCAUCAGCACCUGUCUGGGAUGCGACACCUGAAACAUCUGUUUCUGGAGAACAACACCAUCAGGCAUUUUGAGGCCAACGCUCUGAAAAACUGCCUCCAACUUACUAACUUAGCCUUGGAACAGAACCUCCUCACCAGCAUUCCAGAGGGGCUCCCUGACACAUUAGUUCGUCUGGACCUGAAGCAAAACCGCAUCUCUGCCAUCCGGGAAGAGGAAAUGAAAACCUUGAAGCGUCUGCAGGUCUUGAACCUGCGGAACAACAGACUGUCCUCGCUCAGCCAGAGAGUGGUGUCUCACCUGCCCCGCCUGCAAAGGAUGUUCCUGGGAGGAAACCCCUGGAACUGCAGCUGCGAGCUGUUCCGUGUGAAGCAUGCGCUGAUGGUGCGGGAAGUGGACAUCGGAGAGGAGCUUUGCGUGGAGCCUGCGCCAACGCUGGGGGAACACUGGCGGGCAUCUCUGCUGGAGCAACACCGAUGUAAAGAGGAGACCGUGGAGGAUGCAGUGGACUCUGACCCUGAGGAACAGACAGAGAAUGAGGAGUAUUAUGACUACGAUGUGUGA